AUGGAAUUAAAUAGAACGCGCAAAGGGCCGCUGCGGGCCGCCAGCCGAGCGCGGGGUGCUGCAAGACCACCUAGCAGCCCCCCGCAUCCAUCAUCCCCACCAGAAGGCUUGGUGUCGGCUGGGUCUUCGCGGACCCAGCAAUCGGCACCCGCCGCUGGUGGAGUACGCCGCAUGCGUUGGUCACAACUUAAUGAACGCAAACGCACUGCGGGCGUACUUUAG